AUGACUAUGCUAACAGCAUACGCCUUGCUAGCCAUACUAUCCCCACUUGUAUCCAGUCUCGGCAUCCAAUUCAUCAACCCCCCAACCCACGGCACAGACGGCGGCCUAAGCAACCCCCCUACCUACAAGCAAGACUACACCAUAAACAUCCAAUGGUAUCCCGGCGACGAAACAGGGCCCUACGACCUAGUCUUGCACCAAGUCAAAACACUCGGCCAGGACCAGACCGGCGACGGCGAGUUCAUCAUGCCGAGUAUCGUGAAUAGAACGAGUUACCUGUGGAAUGUCAAGACGAAUGCGAGGCUGGAGGAGUCGACGCUGUUCUUUCUUAGUGUUUUUUCGGUCGAUGGGGAUUCGGAUACUAGUCAGUAUUUUAAUAUUGUGGAUGGUUUUAUUGCGGGGAGUGGUGCGGAGUCUGAGGCGGUGGGUUCGACUACUACGUCGACGCGGUCGUUUUGGACACCAGAAGGAAUGUCAACUGUAGCUUCAGCAUCAGCUUCAACAUCAGCCUCAAGAGUAUCCGGUACGCCGGGUACGGAAUCGGGUACAGGUUCAGCGAGCACACCAACAGGACCUACCGCAAACACUCCAACAAGCACCAUCGCAGAUCCAUCGAACCCUCACGACCAAAAUGUCCACCAGCACAUGCACAACGACCUCCAACUCGGCCACAAAAUCGGUCUCGGCAUAGCUAUACCUGCCACACUUGCCCUCGGGAUAGCAGCUGGCUGGCUACUCUUUCGCCGCCUUCAAAGGAAGAGGAGAAGAGUGUCACACCAAUUACCAGCUACCGAAACUGCACAGUAUGAGCCCGACAGAGAUGGCCAUGAUGCUAACGGGGAUGUGUACGAAGCGCCGUCGAAUCAUAUACUGGAGAUGGGUCAGCCGCAUGGGAAGGGGUUGGAGCAAUUGGGAGGGGAGCUGGAAGACAAGCCUGCGAUUGUGCCUGAGGUGUUGCCUUUGAGAUAUGAGAUGGAAGCUAACACCGUCCAUGAACUUCACGACCAUUCAGUCAAAGCAGAUGAGCCUGUGGUCAAGACGGAGGAUUGA